ACAGGAAGGGUUGCACCAUGUCGGAUCGUGAGAGUGGUGACGAGCAGCAGGCUCAGGGGUCAGGGGAACAGGAGCUGGCUACAAGGACACUCCAGAUACAGUCCAAGCGCUUUUAUCUGGAUGUCAAGCAAAAUAGGAGAGGUCGCUUCAUCAAAAUUGCUGAGGUUGGAGCAGGAGGAAAGAAGAGUCGUCUCCUUCUGGCUAUGUCUACAGCAGCAGAAUUCAGAGACUAUCUGACAGAGUUUAGUGAACAUUAUGCAUCACUUGCAGGCCCUCCAAACCCUGAUAAUUUGCCAGAGGAUGGAAAAUUAAAAAGUGAGCAGAUGGUGAAAGAAAACCGACGUUACUAUCUUGACCUAAAAGAAAACCAGAGGGGACGGUUUCUGAGGGUAAGUACGGUUGCCCAGACGAGACCCCGUGGUGGUCCCCGCUCUCAAAUUGCUAUUCCUGCUCAGGGAAUGAUUGAGUUUCGAGAUGCCCUUACUGAUCUUCUGGAUGAGUUUGGGACAGAUGACCAUGGUGAGUCAGAUACUGAGGGACAGAAUGAAUUACCAGAGAGUAAAUACUUAAGAGUAGAAAACAAAGUAUUCUAUUUUGAUGUUGGAUCAAACAGACGUGGUGUUUACCUCAGAAUUUCUGAAGUUCGAGCUAAUUACCGGACUGCAGUUACCAUUCCAGAGAGGUCGUGGGGCAGGUUUCGAGACAUGCUUUGUGAGUUCUGUGACAGUUCAUCAGCCAGUAAAACUAGUCCUGGUGGGGGAGGUGCAGGAGGAGGAGGGGGUGAAGAAAGCCAGUAGGCUGCUACAAAACGGGAAAGGAAAUGUGCUUUAAGCGGAUCAGGGGACAUGCAUCAUGAAAGCUAAACAUUGUGAAAGUGACCAGUUUAUUUAUUUACCAAGGUGGGCUAUCACCAGAACUUUGUCAGACUGAGUGUUGUGACUGGAAGAGGCAGACCAGAAAAUAAGCAGCUUCUCUAUGUAAAAACUCGGAUACAGUAUCCAGUGAAUAAGGACUGAAACAAGGAGAACCUAGUCUUUCACAAACUGUUACAUAUUAAUAUAAGAUUAUUUCAACAUGUGAUUUUGUAUUAUUUAUAUCAUAUGACUGGUCCUAAGGACAAACAAAUAAUUCAAUCCAUUAAUCAUAUAAGAUAAGGAAAAAAACUAGACAAAGGAAGAUCACACACAGAAUAUUCAUUGUAAAAAAAAAAAAAAAUCGAAUAAAGCACAUUUCCUUUGUCUCAGUGACCUCCCUUGUGAGGCUGAACGAUAAGGAAAGGAUAGCAGAUUUUCUCUCAUCGUAAAGAACAAUGUUGGGUGUUUUUUGACAACUAGUGUUAUAGUUGUGAUUUGCGUAGUGUGGUGUAUGGAUAUUUAUGAUAAAAAGUUUAAGUAUGUUCUUUGUUCUGCACAUUUUGUGCACAUGUUAUGUUGUAUGGUUAAUUAAUAAUGUGGUCAUAAAAACACACCCUCUGAAUUAUGGAUAUACAUAGGAGAAAUUUGAAUUAUGUAUUGGUGCACCAAAGAUUGUAUUGUUUUAGUUGAUAUUGUUUGCUCCUUGUUAGAGAAGGUUUAUGUAUGUUUAACUUAUUUCUGCCAGAUUGUUAACAUCUUUUUUUUUUCCUGUUAUUGGCUGAGCUAUGAAAGGUCAGCUGUUAAAUUAUAAAUGUUAAAAAUUUUAUGAAACAAGACCAGCAAGGAGAGUUCUAAAGUUGUUAUCAACAAGUAUUUAUAUCACUUGAAAAAUCAUUUACUGGCACAUACAUGUACAUAAUGGUACCCCUGUACUUUUAUUCAGAAGUUUAUUUGUGCAUGCUAAAUAACUGGUGUACUUCAGGUCUCUGAAGUCCUCAAGGCAAUAAGUUGUACUAAAAGCUGCACAACCCGGUACAAAUUUCUAAUGAUGCAAACAUCAGUAUACACAUAUCUCAGAUGAAUGUUAUCAUAUUGUGAUGUGCAGCAUGAUCAAGAGCACCUGUCAUCUGAACCGGUUUUUUUUUCUUCUGUAAUAUAAUUUGCUGUAAAUGAUUUUUCAGUUGGGUUGCAAAUUUCACUACUCAGGUACAGCACUGAGAGCAGAAAGAUAAAGCAAAAUUGUGGCCUUUUUAAGAUGUUAAGUGUUGAUAUGAAAUCAUUCAGUGUUAAUACUAUGAGUAUUGAAUUAUUGGAUUAUUACAUAUAUAUAUUCCAUUUUAUGUCUGUUUUAGUUAAAGGGGGUUGUGGAAUAUGUAGACUUAAGUGUAUGUUCUUUGAAAGGAACAUGACAUGUUCGUGAUCAAUUCAGAUUUCUCUCGUACUGAAUUUCUCAAAAUUGAAUACCUAUAAAAAAUAUUCAAUGACAGAAAAAAACAACUAUCUGUUUAAAAUACAGAAAUUAGAAUGUAAUGCACUGCUCUUGAAAUACUUUUAAAAAAUGCACAGUCUUGCUUCCUUAAAGAUGAUAAAUACAGACUGGAAUUGAUUGAAUACUGCAAUUUUUUUUAAGUAUUUAAAGCAGUGAAUGUCAUUUUUUAUACCAUUUCAAUCCAUCAGGGUAUUUUGUAAAUAAUCUGACAGAGUCUGAAAUCUGAUGAUGAAACAGGACAUGUCAUUUAAUUAAAAGGUAGAAAUGAGGAAGUAAACUUGAAGCUGUAGGCACUGGACUGCUGUAGGAAAGUUAUACAGCAAGAUGACUCUUCUCAGGUCCUUAGAUAGUUUGUGAUCCAGUUUUACCCAGAAUAACUUCUCUAAGCCUUCUGUUGUCCUCACAUCAACACAAAAACAAAACAAUGUGACUUGUAAAUAUCAAUUUGUUAUAUUUCUAUAGUGCUAUUUAUUCAGUGGUUAUUUUAUUCUGGGUAAAAUGAAGUGGCAUUUUGAUUGUUAUUUGUACCACAAAUUCUGGUACAAACUUCACUUUCUUUUGUUAGUAAUAUGAUGGGUUAAAGGAAAUGUAGUUUGAUAGACUGGAAGCUUAAAUUUUCAAUUUUUGUCGAUACUAAACUGAUAUACAUUAUUGCCAGAAAGAAAAAAAAAUCUGUCGCAAUACAGUUUAAAUCUGUAAGAUGUCAUCCGUUAAUGUUUACUCAAUUGAUAUUUUUUCAUCUGAUUUAAAACAUGUUGACAGCUGUACAUUCUAUUAGAAAUAUUUAUGUAUUAAAAUAGUACAAUGUAUUGAACAUCUUCUGUGUCUUAAUUAUGAUGAUAUCUACAGUUUUGGCUAGAGGUCUGCAGAUGGGAGCAACUUACAACAAAAAAUAAAACCUGUGCAUUAUUUACAGUGCUGGGCAUGUGAAAUGAAAAAAUAUCACAGUGUUCUUCAAACACUUGCCAGACAUAGCAUAUCUUUGGAUGACAUCUUAACAUUAAAGCACCACUGUUACAAUACAAAAAUUGAUUGAAUUUGUUCCAUCUUUAUUCAUCAUCAUCUUGUUGUACAAGUAUUAAACAUUCAGCAUGUUUUA